AUGUCUUUUAUCAACACGUCACACAUUGGAAUCACCACCUUCUUCUUGGUUGGGAUGCCAGGGCUGGAACAUGCACACAUCUGCAUCUCUAUUCCCAUCUGCAGCACGUAUCUGGUGGCUCUUCUGGGAAACGGCACCAUCCUUUAUGUCGUCAGGACAGAACCCUCCUUGCAUGAGCCUAUGUACUAUUUCCUUUGCAUGUUGGCUCUGUCAGACAUGGGCUUGUCCUUUGCCGCUCUUCCCACCAUGGUGAGGGUCUUCUUGUUCAAUGCUCCUGAAAUCUCUGCCAACGCCUGCUUUGCCCAGGAGUUCUUCAUCCAUGGAUUCACAGCCCUGGAAUCUUCAGUGCUGCUCAUCAUGUCAUUUGACCGCUUCCUGGCCAUCCACACCCCUCUGAGGUACAGCUCCAUCCUGACACCCGUCAGAGUGGCCCCAGUAGGAAUGGUGUGCCUUUCCAAGAGCUUCCUCCUGGUUUUCCCCUUCCCCCUCACGUUAAGAAGCUUGAACUACUGUAAGAAAAGCCAAUUAUCCCAUUCCUACUGUCUCCACCAGGAUGUCAUGAAGCUGGCCUGCUCUGACAACCGAAUGGAUGUCGUCUAUGGGUUUUGUGCGGCACUCUGUGGUAUGGUAGACUUUAUGCUGAUUGUUGUGUCUUACAUCCUAAUCCUCAAGACUGUGCUGGGAAUUGCAUCCCGAAAGGAGCAGCUCAAAGCCCUCAAUACGUGUGUUUCGCACAUCUGUGCAGUGACCCUCUUCUAUCUGCCCAUCAUCAACCUUGCCAUUGUCCAUCGCUUUGUCCAGCAUGUCUCUCCCCUCUUCAACGUUCUUAUGGCAGAUGUUCUUGUACUUGUGCCUCCGCUGAUGAAUCCCAUUGUGUACUGUGUGAAAACCAGGCAGAUCAGAGUAAGAGUUGUAGCCAAAUUGUGUCAGAAGCAAAUAUAACAGUCAUAUAGAGCGGAAAACAUAUGGUGGGGAUGUCUUAGGUAAGAGAUUAAAUUUGAGUUUGAGAAAACCUCGCAUUUGGCACACAUAAUCAUCAAUGUAUUUUUCCUGUUGUCCUCAUCAGACGUAUUUCAUUCACAAGUGAUACUGACAGAAAGUCAAUAUC